GACGUGAAGAUAAUGAAAUCGAACUGGCAUUAUUUGUACCAAUCAAUUAUAAAGAUCGAGAUCCUGAAUCGCAAGCAAUCUUUAAAAGAAAUCAAUAUUACUCUGUCGGAGGAAAGAUUGUACCUGGGUCCCACGAUGGAAUACCAAAAAUGACAGUUUCCACCUCAACUCACGUAACAAUCAGCGACAGAGCUCCAAACUCAAACAAAUGUCCCCUAAGCAUUUCUUUAGUAGGAGUACCACAAAAAAUGCCAAUUGAAAUCAAAGACACUGAAAGUUCUGUCAUUGAAACGCUCAUAUCUGAUUAUGUCGGCAAACUUUACAACUACCCAGUCAAGAUAACCUUUCCACACAAUAAUUCACGAUUCAAAUACUUAAAGCCUACCAUCCGUCCACAAGAAUCUAUUAUCUUUGCGUCAUCUUCAACAAACCCAAUAAGAUCUAAACUUCUCUACGUUCAUAAUACUACCAAAGACUUAAACGAUACCUCUAAAACACCACCACCGAUUCCAGACAAUCCCGAAAAAGAUAAUCCGCGUUCAUUAAAACGCAAGAGAAAACGCCGAACUAACUGA